UAGGCUAGAUUGAGGCGGGAUAUUUCGAGGAAGGCUGUCUGACGAGACGCAUCAGACAGAGAGAGAACGACAGAGAGCGCACGACACUCAGAGAGCGAGAGAGAGAAAAAAAGAGAGAGAGACGCACAGACUCAUGCGGCGCUCAGUUGAUGCUCCAGUGAAUUAGAGGUACUGGCAAUAGCUUUGUCUCCGGCGUGGGAGAGACAAGCAGUUUGGAUACAAUUGAGAACAUGGGAAUGGAGGCGAAUCGAUAGUCUGAAUUUUAAUUACCGAGCUCAUUUGAUGCAAUGCAACAGUAGACUUUGAGAGAGCACGAGACUUGUUAAAUUGAUCAACAGGAAUUGCAUUUUCUUUUAUUCAUAUAUAUUUUUUGCAUUUUGGAUCUAUUUCUACUGACAAAUUCACAGUCGUUGCUCGACUAUGGAAUCCGGAAAGAUGAAGUGGCACUUGUAUAUCAGAAUCUGGAAACUUCUUGCAGUUUUGACUCUGGUAACGCAGCAUGCCACCGGUAAGACGUUGAAAUAUCAAGUUUACGAGGAACAAAAGGUCGGUACAGUGAUUGCCCGUUUGAAAGAAGAUGUUGCCGAUGUUUUAGCUAAACUUCCCAGCACCGUUUCCCUUCGCUUUAGAGCUAUGCAGAGAGGCAGUACAUCAUUCCUUACGGUGCGCGAGCACGACGGAGAAAUUAGCAUCAGGACCAAAAUAGACAGAGAAAAACUCUGUGAGAAGAACCUUAACUGUUCUAUCCAAUUCGACGUUUUAACCCUCCCAACUGAACACUUACAACUGUUUCACGUGGAGGUAGAAGUGCUGGACAUAAACGAUAAUGCGCCCCAGUUUGCUCGCUCCGUUAUUCCCUUAGAGAUCUCAGAGAGCGCGGCCGUGGGAGCGCGCAUUCCCCUGGACAGCGCCAGCGACCCUGACGUCGGGGAAAACUCCCUUUACACAUAUUCCCUUGAGCCCAACAACUUCUUUAAAAUUGACAUUCAGGCCAGGCCGGACGGAGCCAAAUAUUCGGAGCUUGUGGUGCUGAGGGAAUUGGAUAGAGAGAUGCGUGCAGGUUAUGAACUCCAAUUUACGGCGUCUGAUAAGGGCGUUCCCCCCAGAACUGGUUCUACUCUGCUCAAAAUUAGCGUUGCAGACUCAAAUGACAACAGCCCUAUAUUUGAGCAAUCCUCCUAUGUCAUCAAUCUAUUAGAAAAUGCACCUGUCGGCACCUUGCUUAUAGACCUGAAUGCAACUGACGCUGAUGAGGGCACAAACGCCAAAAUCGUCUACUCCUUCAGCAGUCACGUGUCGCCUAAAAUCAUGGAAACGUUCAAGAUCAACUCUGACACCGGCCACCUGACGCUCGUGAGGCGCGUGGACUUCGAGAGUGUGACGUCAUACGACAUCGACGUGCAGGCGCAGGACAUGGGGCCCAACUCCAUGCCCGCACACUGCAAGAUAACGGUCAAAGUGGUGGACGUGAAUGACAACAAACCAGAUAUAAGCAUCAAUCUGAUGUCACAGGGAAAAGAGGAGGCCGCGUAUAUAUCCGAAUCUUCGCCGUUGGACACGUUUGUGGCUUUAGUGAGAGUGGAAGACCUGGACUCUGGCCUCAACGGAGAGGUGGUGUGUAAACUCCACGGCCAGGGUUCUUUCAAACUCCAGAAGAGCUAUGAGAACAACUACAUGAUCCUCACCAACGUGUCGUUGGACCGGGAGAAGAGGUCCGAGUUCAGUCUGACCGUGGUGGCCGAGGACCGCGGCGACCCCAGCCUCUCCACCGUCAAACACUUCACCGUCCACGUCGGCGACGAGAACGACAACCCGCCGCGCUUCGAGAAGGGCCGCUACGAGGUCUUCAAAUCGGAGAACAACGCCCCCGGGGCGUACCUCACCACGCUCGUGGCCCUCGACCCCGACCUGGACGCCAACGGGCAGGUGAGCUACUCCAUCGUGGAGAACGUCGUCCACGGCAGCUCCAUCUCCACCUACGUCACCAUCGACCCGUCCAGUGGCGCCGUGUACGCCCUGCGCACCUUCGACCGCGAGGACGUCAGCCGGAUUGCCUUCGUCGUCCAAGCCAAGGACGCCGGCGGGACGCCGUUGCUGAGCAACGCCACCGUCGUCCUGACCAUACUGGACGAGAACGACAACCCGCCCGUCAUCGCCGCGCCCCAGCUGUGGAACCACACGGCCGAAGUGCCCGUGUCGCGCUACGCCAAGAAGGGCGAGCCGCUGACCACCGUCCGCGCCACCGACCGCGACACGGGCGUCAACGCCGAGCUCACGUGCGUCCUCGCCGCGGGGAACGAGGACGGCUACUUCGUCGUGGACGCCAGGACGUGCGAGGUCCGCGCCAACGCCAGCUUGGAGGACUUCCCCCGCGAGCACGCCGAGCUCACCGUGGUGGUGCGAGACGGCGGCGCCGACAGCCUCAGCGCCCGGGCCGUGCUGACGGUGACCCUCUACGAGAACAUGGAGAACCACGUCCCGGUGAGCGACCAGGGCGAGAGCCCCAUGGAUGCCUCACUCAUCAUCAUCAUCUCCCUGGGCGCCAUCUGUGCCCUCCUCCUGAUCAUCAUGGUGGCCUUUGCCGCCCGCUGCAGCCGGGAGAAGAAAGACACCCGCCACUCCUAUAACUGCCGGGUGGCCGAGUCCACACACCAUGGCCACCCCAAGAAACCCUCUCGGCAGAUCCACAAAGGUGACAUCACGCUGGUUCCCACGGUCAACGGGACACUCCCUAUCAGGGCACACCAUCGCUCCCCCUCCGCUACGCCCCCCAUGGAGCGGGUGGCAAUAGGGAGCCGGCAGGGCCACCACAGCCGCCAAUCGCUGAACAGCCUCGUGACCAUCUCCUCCAAUCACAUCCCGGAGAGCUUUGCUCUGGAGCUGACUCAUGCCACGCCACCGGUGGAGCAAGUCUCACAGCUUCUGUCCAUGCUUCAUCAGGGCCAGUACCAAACCCGACCCAGUUUCCGUGGCAACAAAUACUCGAGAAGCUACAGGUAUGCCCUCCAGGACAUGGACAAGUUCAGUUUAAAGGACAGUGGGCGUGGAGACAGUGAGGCGGGGGACAGUGACUAUGAUAUGGGCCGGGAGUCCCCUGUCGACAGGCUCCUGGGAGAGGGCUUCUCCGACCUCCUCCACCUUGACCUGCACCACAGACUCCACCCAGCUAUGAGACUGUGCACAGAGGAGUGUCGCGUCCUGGGCCACUCAGACCAGUGCUGGAUGCCCCCCCUGCCCUCUCCAGCCUCUGCCUCCUCCGACUACCGCAACAACAUGUACAUUCCUGGGGAGGAAUCCCAGCAGCCCCUGCUGGAUGACGACCAGACCUCCGUGGACUCGGAGCGCCGCAAGAGCUUCUCCACCUUCGGCAAGGAGGUGGGCGGCGAGGAGGGCGCGGACAGCGAGGUGUGCGGAGGAGUGGGCGGUGCGGGCUCCCUGCUGUCGGAGAUGAACAGCGUCUUUCAGAGGCUCCUUCCACCAUCCCUAGAUGCAUACGCCGAGUGCAGCGAAACGGCCGUCGCCGCAGCAACGGCGGCAAUGGAGCCACGUGGGAGCGGUGUGGGUAACGGAAAUGGGGCGCAGGACUCCAGGAAGGGGCUGUUGCCCGGGGGCAAAGGUCCCGCCUACCCGUCAGGUGUGGCGGCCUGGGCGGCCAAUACCCACUACCUGAACCCAGGGGGCGGAGCCACAGGGCCCAGCCCAGCAUGUCACACGUCCACCAACACCCAACCACCACAUCUAAAAUGGUUGCCGGCCAUGGAAGAGAUCCCAGAAAACUUCGAGGAGGAUGAGUUUGAUUCGGUGCUCGGGCUGGGCCACCUGGGCGGGAAACGCAGCGAUAGCAGACACGAAGUCAUGGACGCCAGCGAACUGGUCAACGAGAUCAACAAACUGCUCCAGGAUGUCAGACAGAACUAGACGAUCACCUGGAUGCCCAUCCUUGGGACUUUGAGACAGGCGGUGUCGUUGUGGGAAGGCAGACAUGCAUAAUCAAAGUCAGAGCCCAAAACAGACUAGACUCGCAAGUUAAGGUAAAACUAGCAUGGCUCUGAACACAUUUGAUCGAUCCUUUACUUUUUACUUUAACGUUUGGAAUCUGAGAACUUAAAUGUCCAGAAGAUGUUCAGCACUCUGACUUUGAUUUGCUGAUGAUCCCAGGCAUUUUCUGUGCAUUUUCUGUUCCCCACAUUCUACAGUUCCACCAAUGGGACUAUGGUAGAACCAGAGGCAGGAAGAAGGAACAUUGCGUUGCAUUUAUAAUGUACAGUACUGUUGCUCCAUUGAAGAGAAAUCACUAAACUGUUGUGCUGUAUCUCCUGUUCUUGGUAUAAACGGUGUAAGCAAUGUGAUUGUACAACUGAGUUUUGUAUUUUAAAAAUACACUUUUUCUACUCUAUAUUUAUAAAUGUGUAUGUAUGUUUGUACAGAAAAAGAACAUAAAAAAGUAUAUUUUUUAUAUUUUCUCCGCAUGUUAUGCUUUGUAAGCUCCCGAGUCUUCUCUUCAUGCUUAUCCUUAUUUUGUAAAAAUGAAGAUAAUUAAUUUGUGUUGUCGAGCGUGUGUAUCUUGUAUGAUAAUCACAGUUGUGUUGGAGUCACACGUUGGAAGUGUGCUUUGUGUGGUAGGCGUCAGUAUUCAUUGUAACCAAUGGAUGAAAAAUAAAGUUGUAAGGGUGUA